AUGUUCCGAGACUCUGACGGAUCAUCUUCACAAUCACAAACACCAAAACCCAGUUCUGUCAGUCUAAGAUCAUCAGCUUCAUCCCUAGGUAGGAAGUUCACAAAUCUUCUUUCUAUCAGUCGCAAAUCAACCAAGCAAGUCGCUGAAAAGGCUAAGAAUGAUUACGGGCUCAACACGGUCUAUCAACCUCCCGACUCUUCUGAUGUUAUCGCCGACUUGGUCUUCGUCCCUACUGUGUGGCGGACUGCGAACUUAACACUUAUUACUAAAAUUCGGCGAAAUCAGGACAUCAUUUUUGUCCAUCAAGAUGGCGUCAUUGUUAUUAAAAACGGCUUAGAUGAUGGGCGACAUAUUUCAUUCUCUUAG